AUGGCGGAGAAGGCCGGCCUGGAAGAGCGUGACUACUUCUUGGCGUUGCCGACGAAGGACUUGGGGGGCAUCGUGAACUUCGUGAACAGGGUGGCACGCUACACCGAGGCGGUCGGCAUGACGCAGGCCAUCUUCUCCGAGUUGAGGGAUCUCAAGGGCGAGAAACUCUUGCACGAAGGAGCAGGUGCACUUUGGACCGAGCAUAGCGAGAGGGCCACGGCUAGAUCGUGGGCGGCGGUGGCUGGCAUCGACGCGGAGGUCAAGAAGAAGCUCGGUCGGUGGAAGGCAUCGGUUGACGAGGACUAUGAGCGCACCACUCGGACCCAGGUGGAGCAGGCGCAGCGCAAGAUGGCGGCCCGUGUCAAGGUGAACAAGGGCCGCGCGGACCCCUUCGACGAGGAGUCCCUGCUGCAGAAGAUCGAGAACAGGAUGGGCGAUGAGGGGGUGGAUCUCGACCGGAGGGCCAGCAUCCUGCAGAGGCUGAGGUCGUUCAAGCCGCACGUGGAGUCGGACGCGGAAUCUUCAAGCAAGCGGGCCAAGUUGGCGGAUGACAUGGUCAGCGUGGUGAUCGAUGGCUCCGACGAGGCCACUAGUUGUGUGGACUCCAGCGGCAGCGAGAAGGCCUACCCCCCCCUCGGGUCGCCCGAGAAAGCCGAGCCCACGGAUGAACAAGAGGUGGUGGAGCUGGGAAAGAAAACAGCCUGCUACUACGUGAGCAUCGUCGGGCGGUCCAAAGUGAGGACCUUGCAUAGGCUGGGCGAGUGUCACCGCGUUCCAGGGGUGCACUAUCGCACUUUCGAUGCGUUCGGAGAGGAUUUGCCUCCCCCGAGCGAGUAUCACAGGGCAUGCAAGAUCUGCUUCCCGGGCAUAGUUGUGCAGAAUCAACGCUCGGGAAGCGAGGCAGAUUCCAGCAGCUCCUCGGACGCCGUCUCCGAGGAGGCCGUCUCGUAA